GCUCUGAGAACGACGUGUUGAGCGACUUGGCCGUAAAAACAAUGCUCGCUGCGGGUAGUGAGGCUUUCUUAUAAACCUCAGGCGCUCGCUCGGGCAGCCUGGAGGAGAGGGUCCUUUUUCCCUCAGCGGAUGAAGGUGUGUGGCGGCGGCUCGGUUCAUGUUUUUAGCCCGUUUCUUGGUAAAGAUGGCAGCCAACAAUGUAGUGCUGAACAGACUGGAGCAGAAGGGUGCAGAGGCCGAUCAAGUUAUUGAAUACCUCAAGCAACAAGUUGCUCUGCUCAAGGAGAAAGCUAUCUUGCAGGCAUCUCUCCGAGAAGAGAAGAAACUCCGUGUGGAAAAUGCUAAACUGAAGAAAGAAAUUGAAGGGCUGAAACAGGAGCUGAUUCAAGCAGAAAUUAGAAAUGGAGUAAAACAGAUCGCAGUUCCUCCUGGUACAAGCAUUUCUACAGCUUCGUUUUCAGAUGAUGUUCCACAGCCUACAACAGUUGCAUCAUCUCCUGGUUCCAAGGAUCAAAUUAAAGGUGAAGAUGAAGAAAAGAAAAAGAAUGAAAAAGUAGAAAAAAAAGGUGAAAAGAAGGAGAAGAAACAGCAGCCAGCUGCUGCAAGUAUUGAUGCAAAACCUGUAGAUGUUUCUCGUCUGGAUCUUCGUGUUGGCUGCAUUAUUACUGCUGAAAAGCAUCCGGAUGCAGACUCUCUGUAUGUUGAAGAAGUGGAUGUUGGUGAAGCAAGCCCAAGGACUGUUGUCAGCGGUUUAGUGAAACAUGUUCCUCUGGAUCAGAUGCAGAAUCGGAUGGCAAUACUACUUUGUAACUUGAAGCCUGCAAAGAUGAGAGGAGUAGUAUCCCAAGCAAUGGUGAUGUGUGCCAGCUCCCCAGAAAAAGUGGAAAUUCUGGCUCCCCCACCUGGGGCAGUACCUGGGGACAGAAUCACUUUUGAAGGUUUUCCUGUUACAGACAUAGAAGCUACAGAAGUUAGACCUGGUAGAAGUAACUUACUUUUGCAAGCAUUGAGAAUGUGAGUAGAUGGAACCACUGAAAACAUUUAAAGGAGAAAAACAAUAAGGUAGGCUGGAAUGAGAGUAGUUCGUUUUGACUGCCUGUUGGUCAGCCAGUCAGGAAUACACCAAGCAGUAAUGAAUUUCAACCAGCUACUAGAAACACUUAUGUUAAAAUCCCUGUAGCCUUAUAGUUUUUCUUUCUGAACCUUUGGGGUCACUGAGUAGUGGAAGAUGAGAGUAUUUGACAUUCUGCUCACUUGGAGAACUCCUCAUUUUCCUUUAGGAACUCUUGGCUCCUCUGAAAGUAUCUCAAAGAGGGUGUGUUUACUAGGAUUUGGUUUUUGAUUCUUGCUUGUUCUGGAACUUGAUAUUUUAAUAGUUUGGGCAGAAUGGUGCCAAUAUGGCACUCCA